AUGGGGCUGGGUCCGCACCUGGUCACGCCAGCAAGCAUACGGGCGGCAGCAGACUACCAGCGAAAGUUGUUUGACACGUGCGUCAAAAUGCUGCGGCGCACGAGAACGUCUGUGCUGGUGUACAGCACCUGCGCCGUGACGCUUGACGAAAACGAGGCUAACGUGCUGUGGGCUCUCAACACCCAUCCGUUUCUGCAGCGUCCACGGGUCAACUCUGGCAAUGAGCGGCGGCCGUGUUCACUUGGUUCAACAAACUUUGCCCAUGGUUGUCGAUUCUUGCUGCAGCAGGAGAUCAACACGGCGCAGCGCCGCAAUGAACUUCUUCAGGCGCCGACUUCCUUGGCAGAGCAUGGCGUCGCCAAGGAAGGAGGGCUCCACUGCUGGAAUUAG